AUGCACGCCGACGCGAACGAGGGCACCGACCCGGUCCAGCUCGCCGACCUGUUCACGAGCGAGGACAUUGUCGACCGCGUCGUGUCGAGCGUCACCGACAACGAUGUCUACAUGACCAUCAUGUACGUGCGCGACCUCGACAAGAAGGACUCUCAGUCGGGCAUGACGCCGCUCGUCGCCGCAGGAGCCAAACCGCCCUCCCGCACGGCCUCCCUCCUCGUCCACCUCCUCCUCGCCAAAGGCGCACGCCUGCCCGCCGUCGGCGCCGCGAGCGAGUGGCUCGGCCACGUCCGCUCAUGGGCGAUCGAGCUCGUCGAGGGCGGGCGCACGGGCAAGACGAGCGAGGAGCAGGAGGCCAAGAUGCUCCUCGACAUGGACUUUGACGCCGUCGACGAGUGGUGCCGCGUCAACUUGCCGGCGCCGACGCCCCAAGCCGACCCGAGCGACAUGUACGUCGAGGCGACGCUCGGCGCGCCACGCUCGCCGCCGCCGCCCUCGGCCAAGGCGCAGGGCAAGAAGCGUGCAGCGUCGCGCUCGCGCUCGCGCUCGCCGGCGAGGAGCGACCGCCGCCCGCCGCCCCGUGCGCACCUGCGCGUCGACAACCUGCCCGUCGGCUUCACGAGCGAGCAGCUCCUGGAGUGCUUCGACGACGUGCCGGGCGUCCUCGACGUCGAGGUGCACCUGUCGCAGAGCGGCGCCCUGUGGGGCUUCGUCUCGCUCGCGUCGCUCGCGACGGCGCAGCACGCCUUUGCGACCAAGAACGGCACGCACGUCGGCGGGGCCGCAGGAGGCGCCGCCGCCUCGCGUCCGCUGUGGCUCAAGAUCUACUCGGUCGACGGCACGCCGAUCGAGCCGCACCGGCAGGUCGAGCCCGUCGUCAACAACCCGUCCGGCGCCAUGCCCGGCGUCGCGACCGGCGCCAUGCCCGGCGUCGCGACCGGCGCCAUGCCGCCGCCCAACGGCGGGUCGUUCCAGCAGCCGCCGCAAGGAGCGCCCGGCCUGUUCGGCAACUUUCGUCCGGGCGUCAGCAACCCGUACCCUCGCGGCCGGUUCCUCGCGCCCGGCGAGCGCCCUCGCGUGCCCUACAUCUUCACGGCCGCCGAGCUCGCGCGCAGGGUCUACUGCGGCAGCCUGCGCUUCGAGAUCUCGUACGACGAGGUCGCGAGCCUGUUUGCCGAGAAGGCGGGCGUCGUCGCCAAGGUCCUCAAGGUCAUGAACGCCUUCGACAACUCGCACUCGUUCGCGUUCGUCCAGCUGCCCGACGCCAUCACGGCCGAGCACGCCAUCAAGGUCCUGCACGGCUCGAUGCACGAGGGCCACCUGCUCCAGAUCGAGCACGUCAACGAGCUCAACCAUCGCUGGCUCUUCUCGCUGUCGCUGCAAGGUCUUCCCGUGCGCUGGCGGUACCAGGACGUGUCCGACUUCCUCAUCUCGACCAUCGGCUCGUUCGCCGGCCUCAUCGUCAACGCGCCGCGCCCGUACGACGCCGACCGCGGGCUCCAGGUCCGCGUCGAGCUGCGGUACGAGACCGAGCUGCGGUGGGCCUUCACCGAGCUGGACGGCCUCCCCGUCGAGGGCCAGAACAUCUCGGCGCGCAUCGAGCAGCCCCGCAUCCGCGAGAAGAUGGAGCGCGAGCUCGCCUACCGCCGCAUCGCCGAGCAGAGCGCGGCGCAGGCGGCGUCGAACGCUGCGGCGCAGGCGGCCGCCACGUCGGCCUACAGCUCGAACGUGUCUAUUGCGACGGCGUCGGAGCCCGGCUCGAGCUUCCCGCCGCUCGGGCGCGAGUCGGGCAGCAUGACGCCGGGAGGAGGGAGGCGUCCUCCUCCGCCACCGCCGCCGCCACCGCCGCAGGCGAACGGGUCCGGCCCGAGCGACGCCGACGAGUCGUACAACCCGUUCGCGCUGUCGUUCCUCAAGUAGCGGCGUCGGCGCCGUCGAGCCGUCCGGAAAGGGCCCGGUUGGAGUUGGAGGAGGGGAGAGGGAGGUCUCGCUUGCUGGUCUGGUCUCUCUUUCUGUCUCUCUGUACCUCUCUACUCUCUCCGUCUUCUUCCCUCCGUACCCGGACCCUCUUCUCGUGCACGCCUUUGUACCCUCGUCGCGCCGCAACCUUCCCACUCGCACUUGCACUUUGGUCGAUACCCCCUCGUUCUCCUCCCUCUCGCUUGCAAGUACAUGGUCCAGCCUC